AUGUCUUCCAAACAAAUCAUUGUUGUAUUCACCGCUACUGGAAGAACAGGUGGUGGCAUGAUCAAUGCCAUCCUCAAGGACGGUCAGUUCGCUGCUCGCGCAGUGACAAGGAAUCCAGAGAGCGAUGCUGCCAAGGCUCUCGCGGCGAAAGGUGUUCAAGUCGUCAAGGGUGACCUUUCCGAGCCAGCAAGUAUCGAAGCUGCUCUCAGUGGUGCAUACGGUGUCUUUGGUGUCACCGACUAUUACAAGGUCACCCACUUUGAAACCAAGGCCGACGUCGACGACUAUCUCAAGGAGAGCGGAGUUCCACGCACGUCGCUGUAUACUUCGUUCUUCCUCGAGAAUAUUCGGUUCCCUCAAAUGAUCAAAAUCAACCGCAGUGCAGAUGGAACAGUCAUUCUCGACGUGCCAUUCAAGACAGACGGUCAAAUUCCUAUGAUCUUUGCAGGCGACAUUGGCAAGGCUGCCCUCGUCGCUUUCAAGAAUCCUCAGCAAUGGAUCGGCAAGGAUUUCAAGAUUGUUACUGAGUGGGCAACUCCUCGUGAUAUCGCCAAGACCAUCGAGUCGGAACUCGGGGAGAAAGUGACCAUCAACGAGGUUGACGAUGCGCAGUGGAAAGCGAGCAGGGCAUAG